AUGUCGGCAUCGCCGAAUCCUUCGGGUCAUGCGACAUCAGAUGCCACAGCUCAACUGAGCUUGUUGGAUUCAGGACUGACGACGAAUUCUACCGCUGGGCUCACGCUGCUCGACCCGCCAAAGCCAUGUAGCUCCAAACCUGACUCGGGCCACUUUGAGGUUGCUACUGAUUCGCCCGCUUCCAGCUUGACCGACAAAGGCGACGGUAAUGCGGAUCAACCGAUCAACAAGACACAUGCCAAAGUGCACGAUGUAUCAUCCUUGCCGCAUGAACAUGCUGCCAUUCAGCCUUCAGCAUCUCUGAAUUCGCCAUGCUUUGUUCAUUCCUACCUGGAUCGCGGUGUAGCACUCGGAGAGAGCCUCAAGAAGCAGCGCCGUCAACUCAGUCGUCAGCGCCCGCACCGAAUCAGGAACCAGCGCCAGUACUCGCAGAGCGACGUCGCAUCUGCCGAUGAUGACGCUUCGCCUCAGCCUCCAGCAGUGGGCUCUGAUGCGGCUGCCUCGUCUUCCAUGGCGAGCUCCCUCUCGACCGGCAGGAGGCGCACAGUUGCAGACGAAGAGAACCUCUCGAAUUCCGAUUCUCCCUCUAUGCAUGCCAAACGAAGCACAGAACGCACACCGGCUCGAGUUCCUGUUCGUACCAGCUCGGAUGACGAUGACGGUGAUGUUGAUGAUGGUGGUGAUGCGGAUAAUGUGGCGCAUCAGCCUCUCUCGGAUCAAAGCUCGUCGUAUGGCUCUUCCUACUCCUACUCCACCGAUGAGGAGGACUCGGACAAGGUGCGGUCGCUCACUCGCCAGCUCGCAGAGACCGCCGUAGGCGUGCGAGAGAUGAGCAAGCAGCUCGGACGUGCCAGGGUCAAGUCUACGAUACAGUCGGUCAUGAUCAUUACAAAGGCCAGGGAUAACCAGCUCAUCAAAUUGACGCGUGAACUUGCCAUCUGGCUCAUGACAACUCCACGCAACGGCAAGGACACUGGACUCAUCGUCUACGUCGAUUCGCAGCUUCGUCAGUCUAAGCGCUUCGAUGCAGAGGGCAUUCGCAGAGACUAUCCUCAGCUCUUUGACGCACGUCCUCCCAAGCGCACUCCCAGCCUGCCUUCAUCCUUCUCUUCCUCCGCCACGUCAGCGUCGGACAACAAUGGCCCCUUGAACAGAGGAGAAGGCGGAAAUCAGUUGCGAUUCUGGAACGCCGACAUGUGCUCGCGCUCGCCCCACCUAUUUGAUUUUGUUGCCACUCUCGGCGGCGACGGCACCGUGCUGUUUUGCUCGUGGCUCUUCCAACGCAUCGUGCCUCCCGUCCUGCCAUUUGCUCUUGGAUCGCUUGGUUUCUUGACCAACUUCGAUUUCAAGUCUUACAAGGAUGUGAUGAAGUCGGCGCUCGACGACGGCAUCCGCGUCAACCUGCGCAUGCGCUUUACCGCCACAGUUUACCGUGCCACGCUGCCAUCCAGCAGUUCUGCCGACCGCCACCGGCGCCAAGCCAUCAAGUCGGGCAAGACGGGCGAGAUCAUCCUCAACUCGGUCAAGAACUGCGGCUGGGAUGUCAUCGAGUCGCCUAAUCCGGAUCCAUCACACCAACGACGCUCCGACCUGCGUCCAGACGACGAGGUGGUGCUGCCGUCGAUGGAGAAAGAACCAGCCAAGAAAGGCAAGAAGGGUAAGAAGUGCCGCGACAAGGAGAUCAUGUGCUUCAGCACGCGGCCCGUCGAGACGUUUGAGGUAUUAAACGAUCUCGUCGUCGACCGCGGACCGAGCCCUUACGUGAGCUUGCUCGAAGUGUUUGGAGAUGAGCAUCACAUGACGACGGCGCAGGCCGACGGUCUGUGUAUCUCUACACCCACCGGCUCGACCGCCUACUCGCUUUCGGCGGGCGGCAGUCUGGUGCAUCCAGAGAUUCCGGCCAUCCUCAUUACACCGAUCUGCCCGCACACAUUGUCAUUCAGACCGAUGCUUCUGCCCGACAGCAUAGAGUUGCGCAUCGCCGUGCCGUACAACUCGAGGAGUACCGCCUGGGCCAGUUUCGAUGGACGAGGCCGAGUUGAGCUCAAGCAAGGCGAUCACAUCAAGGUGACCGCGAGUCGCUAUCCUUUCCCUACCGUCUGCGCCGAAAAUCAAUCGACCGACUGGUUCUCGAGUAUCUCUCGCACACUCAAGUGGAACGAGCGACAGCGGCAAAAGUCGUUUGUGGUCGUUGAGGAAGGCGCUGAGGCGGAUUCGAGCAGCACUGGUGAUAAGGACAAGGACACAUCGACCGCAGCAUCAGCCAGCAAGAUGUUUGCAAAGCACAGUCACCAUGGAGACGUGGACAUUAGCGAUGAGGGUGAGGAUGAGAGCGACGAUGAGAACAGCGACACGAAGCAGGAUGAUGAUGAGGAAGACGCGGAGAAGUUUGAUAUUGACGAUACGAGCACCACCGUGACCCGUUGCAACAGCCCAAAUCCGCAUGGCGAUGGUCAUGCCCAUGUUCGCCGACGAUCGGGGCAAAACACACCGCGGCACGCCAACGGUGGUUCACGACGAAGCAGUGGGCCGUCGCUGUUGAGCGGUUCGUUGCCUCGAUUGACCUCGAUCACGAGUACUUUGGGGACCAAGCCAAGAGAGGCGCACACCAAGGUCGACUCAUCGUCGGCGGUCUCUUCGAAUUCUGGCUCCUUGCUUAAUAGCCCAGACCGAUUUGGCCUGCAAGGGCCGCCCUUGCCUCCCAAGGCCAUCAGCGAACGACAUUUGCUGAGCGCAGACUUCCGGCUGGAUGGCGGUCGCGCGCUUUCAUCAUCUUCAAAGCAGACGUCUUGGUCUUCGGAUCGCACAUCUGCAAGCGACGCUGAUGCCGGAUCAGGCUCGAUCGCUCAGGCAUCUCAUGCCACCAAGAGCGGACGAAGCAGAAGCAAGCAGGCCAAGGCGAUGACUCCUUCUUCAGCUCUGUGCCGAGACAAAACUCCCCAGGGAAUCCGUGAUUCGGCGAGACAGGAGGAUGCGAGCAACACUUCAGACAACAGGCUGGAGCGAUUUGAUCGAUCGUCCAACAGCACAGGGGGGACGGCGCUUGUCGUGUAUGGUGAAGACGAGAGCGAUACGGAUUCAACCACGGGUGCUGGUCAAUGA